AUGGGAGUGUGUGUGCUGCUCUCUGAUCCUACAGUUAAAAUUCAGAGAGUUGGGAGUGACGUCAUCUGUAACAAUAAAAAAGCUUCACAGUUUAAUAUGAUGUCUGCAAAAGACAUGGUUAAGGUAAUGAUUGUCAUGUUUGCCAUCUGUUUUCUUGCAAGAUCAGAUGGGAAGUCUGUUAAGAAGAGAGCUGUGAGUGAAAUACAGUUUAUGCAUAACCUGGGCAAACAUCUGAGCUCCAUGGAAAGAGUGGAAUGGCUACGGAAAAAGCUACAGGAUGUGCACAACUUUGUUGCCCAUGGAGCUUCUAUAGCUUACAAAGAUGGUAGUUCCCAGAGACCUCGAAAAAAGGAAGACAAUGUCCUGGUUGAGAGCCACCAAAAAAGUCUUGGAGAAGCAGACAAAGCUGAUGUGGAUAUAUUAAUUAAAGCUAAACGCCAGUGA